AUGAAGUACAGCAUGGGAAAUGAAGCAAUGGCCAGCCUGGAUGCCCUCCUCAGUCAAUGGUUUUUGGAGGAGUCCUUCAUCCUCCUGGAUGGGUCAAGCAGAGACUUGUUCUGUUAUUCUGAAUCUAACCUUUCUCUCCACAUAGAGAACCAUGAGGAGGAAAACAAGGAACGACAACGUCUUCCAACUCAGUCCUUAUACAAAGACCUCCACAGGAAAGUAUUCCUUUUCCCAGCAUCAUCGGCUGAUUCCUAUGUGACUCUGAGUCCACUGAAGAACACAGAGCUGCAGAAUUUCACUGUGUGUCUGUGGACCUACACAGAACUGACUCGUGGCUACUCUGUGUUCUCUUAUGCCACUCAAGCUUCUACCAACGAGAUCCUCCUCUUUAGGGAUAGUGUUGGGCAGUACAGUUUGACCGUUGGAUCAGAAGAGGUUACCUUCCAGGUGCAGGAGCCUUCCUUUACCCCAAUAAAUAUCUGUGCCACUUGGGCAUCAGCCUCAGGGGUUGCUGAGAUAUGGGUAGAUGGGAUACCCUUGGUGAGAAAGGUUUUGAAACAAGGAUAUACCUUGAGUGCAAAUGCCAUGAUCAUUCUGGGGCAGGAUCAAGAUUCCUAUGGGGGUGGGUUUGAUAUAAAUCAAUCCUUUCUUGGGGAAAUUGGGAAUGUGUACAUGUGGGAUUAUGUGGUUCCAUUCCAUGAGGGUAAGACCAAUUGUAGUCAAGCCAAUGUCCUAAACUGGAAGAAAAUGAAAUAUGAGAAGAUGGGCCAUGUAAUUAUGGUGCCCCAGCUGAGAGACUGAAUCCCAUUUUCUUCAGAUGAUGUGAUCAAGAUAAAUGAAGAUGAAUGAUGUUGAAUGAUUUUAUACCCUUUGAAUGAUAUUAUACCCUUUGAGAUUAAAAGUACUAUUGCUUUGUUUU